AUGGCCGCGACCUCUCCACGAGCGAACCCGAGCUUUUCGCUCGAGGAAGAGGCUCCCACACCCACGGAGGCGGCGGACAUUCGGGUCAUAAGGGGAAACGCGACCUCUCCACGGGCGAACCUGAACUUGAGGCUCGUGGAAGAGGCUCCCACACCCACGGAGGUGGCAAGCAUUCGGGUCAUAAGGGGAAACGCGACCUCUCCACGGGCGAACCUGAGCUUGAAACUCGAGGAAGAGGCUCCCACACCCAUGGAGGCGGCAAACAUUCAGGUCAUAAGGGGAAACGCGACCUUGAAGCUCGAGGAAGAGGCGCCCAUGGCCACGGAGGUGGUAAACAUUCGGGUCAUAAGGGGAAGCGUGACCUUGAAGCUCGAGGAAGAGGCGCCCAUGGCCACGGAGGUGGUAAACAUUCGGGUCAUAAGGGGAAGCGUGACCUUGAAGCUCGAGGAAGAGGCGCCCAUGGCCACGGAGGUGGUAAACAUUCAGGUCAUAAGGGGAAACGCGACCUUGAAGCUCGAGGAAGAGGCGCUCACGGCCACGGAGGUGGUAAACAUUCAGGUCAUAAGGGGAAGCGUGACCUGUAAGCUCACCAUCGCAACAGAGGCAAUAGAGGCGAUACCAGCAGAGGAGGGACAAGCAAGGGGAGACAUUACAGGAGAGGGAAGUAGAAGUUUGCUCUCAACAGCGAGCAGCGAGAUAGGUCACCAGGCUCGCUACGCGCCCAUGAUUCAGGCCAGUCCUCGUCGUACCUCUGCCCGCCUAGUACGAGUACUGGCUAUGUAG